GUCUCACUCUAUUGCCCAGGCUGGAGUGCAGUGGUGCUAUCUUGGCUCACUGCAACCUCCGCCUCCCAGGUUCAAGUGAUUCUCCUGCCUCAGCCUCCCAAGUAGCUGGGACUACAGGCGUGUGCCACCACACCCAGGAAUUUUUGUAUGUUUUAAUAGAGACGGGGUUUCACCAUAUUGGCCAGGCUGGUCUUGAACUCCUGACCUCAUGAUCCACCCGCCUUGGCCUCCCAAAGUGCUGGGAUUACAGCUGUGAGCCACCAUGCCCGGCCCAAAAUUCAUUCUUUUACAUGCACAAGGAAGGAACAUUUAUCAUAUGUGAACACUUAACAUAUGACUGAGCCAUAAAACAGGCCUCAACAAAUUUCCAAAGAUUUAAAUUUCUUAGUAUGGAAAUGGAUAUUGACCAAUACAGAUUAAGCCAGAAUCAUACAAAAUAAAAAUAGCUUACACAAUAAAAAUAGCAUACAAAAUAAAAAUAUCAUACAAAAAUAAAUAGCUUUCAUAUAUACAAUAAAAAAAAACAGAAGUUGUAAGAGAAUUUUAAAAGAAAAUACCUUAGGCAAUUUUUUAAUCUCCAAAAUUUAAAACUCUUCUGAAAAAUUCAAAACUAGGCUUGAACAAAUGGAAAGACUUAACCAUGUUCUUGCAUGUGAAGUCUCAGCAUCAUAUAAUGUCAGUUCUCUUAAGUUAGUUUGUCAUUUUAAUGCAAUAACAAUAAAAAUGCCAUGUUAUUUUCUGGUGCCAGGCAAGCUAUUAAUAAUUGUUUAAGUUUAUCUCAAAGAAGAAACAAUCAAGAAUAAUUAGAGAAACUGAAAAAAAGAACAGUGGGAGAAGAGGAGGAUUUAACCUAGAAGACAUUAAACAUACAUGAAGCCUUUAAUUAAUGUAGUUUGAUAUUGCUGCAUGAAUGCACAAACCAAUGGGAAAGAAUAAAAGACUAAUUGCAUAUGGCAGUUUCGAAUACUGUAAAGGCAGCAUCUCAUCAGUGAAAGGAAAUGUAUGUUUUAAUGCUAAAUAGGGGAAAAGAUAAAAUUAUAUCCAUUCCACUGGGCGUAGUGGCUCCUGCCUGUAAUCCCAGCACUUUGGGAGGCUGAGGCGGGUGGAUCACCUGAGGUCAGGAGUUCAAGACCAGCCUGGCCAACAUGGUGAAACUCCAUCUGUACUAAAAAUACAAAAAAAAAUUAGCUGGGCGUGGUGGUGCACCCCUGUAAUCCCGGGUACUCGGGAGGGUGGGGCAGAAGAAUCGCUUGAACCUGGGAGGCAGAGGUUGCAGUGAGCUGAGAUCAUGCCGCUGCACUCCAGCUUGGGCGAUAGAGUGAGAUUCCAUCUCAAAAAAAAAAAAAAAAAAUUACAUCCAUUCCUUCUACUACACACCAAGAUAAAUUUUAAAUGGAUCAGAGAUUAAAAUAAAUGUAACAAAAUGACUUCAUACAAGUACAAAUAAAAUUCAUGGGAAUUUCCCUGUAGCUUGGAUGUAGGGAAAAUUUCCUAAUCGACUCAAAAUUCAUACACACUAAGGAAAAAGAUGAAUAACUAAUUUUUUUAAAAAAAACUUGCAUUUCAAACAGGCGCAAUGAACAAAAUGAAAAGCUGGGAACGGUAUUUUCAAAUUAUAUUACAGAUAAAGGGAUUUUAAACCUAAUUUCUAAGGAGCUUUUACAGGGAAGGAAGAAGGUCAACAAUCUUAGAAAAAUGGACUAGAUGCAGCAGAAAAGAAAAUGAAAGCAGAAAAUUAUGGAAAAUUGUCAACUGGAAUUAUAAAGAGGAAAAAAAUGGAAAUGCAAGCUUUUUUUUUAAAGAGAGAAUGAUCUGCUACAAUACAGGAGGCUGAUCUGGGCAGAGAAACCAACAGCCUUUAAAAGUCAUGCAGGGCUAGAGAAAUAAGAUUGGAUACUAGAAAGGCUAAGGUCCUGCUGAGAAGGGAAAGACAGAGAUGUGAGCCUAGUACCCUUCACAAUACAUUGGCAAAUUCUGAAGCUACAAAGCACAAGAGACCAGAAAGCCAAGUAGAAAGCUAUGAAAAACCAUUUUUAGGAAGCUAGUAUUAGAGUUCAAGACCCAGCAGUGAGGACAAGAGGCUUUUGGUGACUGUCUGGGGAUUUCAUUUGGAAAGUCUGGAGAUUUGUGCCUUUUAAGAAGGGACAAAACUAAGGGUAAGUGAACUUUGGUUCUAGGAAUGGCAAGACCAGCAAGAAGAUCACCAUUGCCAACUGUAGCCUUUACACAAUGGCAUAGCAGCCCAAAUUCAGUCAGCUAUUGAAUUAAGUUUAUUGUCUACUUGCCAAGCUAAAGAAUGUAUGAAUGCUGUCUUUAGAAAAUAACGUCAUAUGGAGGUUCUACAACUUCUUAGACACAAUGUCAAGCUUUUAGUAAAAUUAUACUAGACAUUCAAGAGAUGGGAUUGAAAACCAAGAGAAAGGGCAGACAAUAGAAAUAUACUCACAGAUGAUUCAGGCAGUGGAGUUAAGACCAGGACUUGAAAUAACAAUGAUAAUUGUUCAAGAAAAUAGAAGACAGGGAGAAAAUAAAUAAAAGGGAAAUUUCCCCCCAGAUAAUUGGAACUUGUGGGGGAUAAAAAGAAUCAAAUGGAUAUUCUAGAGCUGAGAAUUGCAAUAACUGAAAUUAAGAACUCAAUCGAUGGGUAUAAAAUCAAAUUAGACAAUGGCGAGCCCAAAAAUAAACCUUCAUGUAUAUAGUCAAAUAAUCUUCCACACGGGUGCCAAGACCAUUCAAUGGGGAAAAGAUGGUCUCUUCAACAAGUGGUGUUAGGAAAACUGUAUAUUCAUAUGCAAAAGAAUGAAGUUGGACCCUUACCUUAUAUCAUAUGCAAAAGUUAACUCAAAAUGGUCCAAAGACCUGAGUGUAAGACCUAAAACUGUACAACUCUUGGAAGAAAACAGAGGAAAAAAGCAUUAAGACAAUGUAUGUAUUUCUUGGAUAUGACACCAAAAGCACAGGCAACAAAUGUAAAAAUAGACAAAGUGGACUAUAUUAAAGUUUAAAACUUCUGGGCAUCAGAGGACACAAUUAACAGAGUGAAAAGACAGCCUACAGACUAGGAGAAAAUAUUUGCAAGUCAUACAUCUAAUAAAGGGUUAAUAUUCCAAAUUAUAUAAACAACUUGUACAAAUUAAAAACAAAAUAACCCAAUUAAAAAUAUACAAAGGACUUGAAUAGUCAUUUCUCCAAAGAUGAUAUGCAAAUAUGCUCAAUACCACAAAUCAUCAGGAAAAUGCAAAUCAAACCACAACAAGAUAUCAUGUCACACCAAUUAGGAUGGCCACUAUUAAAAACAUAAAAUUAAUAAGCAUUGGCAAGGAUGUAGAAAUUAGAACGCCUAUGCGCUGUUGGUGGGAAUAUAAAAUGAUGCAGCUGGCUUUGCAGACACUGCUGUCCCCCAACACCCCCUGUCACUAGGCCAUGGUCAUCCCGACUGUGCCCUUCAACAUCACCAUCAACAGCAAGCCCUUAGGACACAUCUCCUUUCAGCUAUUUGCAGACAAAUUUCCAAAGACAGGAGAAAACUUUCACACUCUGAACAAUAAAGACAAAGGAUUUGGUUCCUGCUUUCACAGAAUUAUUCUGGAGUUUAUAUGCCAGGGUGAUGACUUCACACCCCAUAAUGGCAUUGGUGGCAAGUCCAUCUACAGGGAUAAAUUUGAUGAUAAGAACUUUAUUGUGAAGCAUACAGGUUUUGGCAUCUUGUCCAUGGCAAAUGCUGCACCCAAAACAAAUGAGUCCCAGUUUUUCAUCUGCACUGCCAUGGCCAAAUGGUGGGAUGGCAAGCAUGUGAUCUUUGGCAGGGUGAAAGAGGGCAUGAAUAUUGUGGAAGCCAUGGAAUGCUUUGGGUCCAGGAGUGGCAAGACAAGCAAGAUCGCCAUUGCCAACUGCAGACAACUCUGAUAAAUCUGACUUGUGUUUUAUCUUAACCACCAGACCUUUCCUUUUGUAGCUCAGGAGAGCACCAUUCCACCCCAUUCGCUCACAAUAUCCUAUAAUAUUUGUGCUCUCACUGCAGUUCUUUGAGUUCUAUAUUUUCAUUAUGUCCCUCCACAUAUAGCUGGAUUGCAGAGUUAAGUUUAUGAUUAUGAAAUAAAAACUAACAAAAAAAAUGAUGCAGCCACUAUGGAAAACAGUAUCACAGUUUCUCAAAUAAUUAAACAUUGAAUUACUAUAUGAUUCAGCAGUUCCACUCCUGGAUAUAUAUCCAAAAGAAUUGAAAGCAGAAUUCCAAAGAAAUAUUUGCACAUCCAUGUUCAUAGCUAUACCAUUCACAGUAGCCAAGAGGUGGAAGCCAUCUGUGUGCCCAUCCACAGAUGAAUGGAUAAACAAAAUAUGGGAUAUACAUACUAUGAAUACAGCCUUAAAAAGGAAGGAAAUUCCAACACAUGCUACAACAUGGAGGAAUCUUGAGGAAUUAACGGUAAGUGAAAUAAGCCAGUCACAAAAAAGCAAAUACUGAAUGAUUCCACUUAUGUGAGGUAUCUAGAGUAGUCAUAUUCAUAGAGACAGAAAAUAGAAUGAUUGUUGCCAGCAACUGGGAGGAAGGGGGUGUGAAAAGUUGUUUAAUGGAUAUUGAGUUUGUUUUCCCAGACGAAGAAGUUCUGAAGGUUGGUUACAUGAUGUGAAUAUACUAAACACUACUGAACUGUGUACUUAGAAUGGUUAAGAUAAAUUUUAUGCGUUUUCACUACAAUAACAAGCAGAACAGUAGAACAGAUGAUUAGUCACAGCAGAAAAGAUGAAAGAUAGGUCAAAACAGGUUAUUAGAAAAUAUCCAAACUGAAGAUGAAGAAGAAAAUCAUUUUUAGUAGAAAAUACCCAAACUGAUAUAUAAAGACAUAAAGGAAUUUGUGGAGGCAGAGGGGAGAUAAGGGAAUAAAGGACAUGUGGGACACAUCCAAAAAGAAAAAAAAAUCCAACAUACAGAAUCCCAGGAGAAGAGGAGAGAGAACAAGGCAGGAGCAAGGUUUGAAGAGGUAAUGGCUCAGAAUUUAUUCCCUAAGAAUUAUGAAAGACAUUAUUUCACAGACUCAAGAAAGUGUGUGAUCCACAGAUAUAAAUACAAAGAAGCCUUACUAGAAUAUCAUAGCAAAUUGCCAAAAACAAAAGACAGAGAAUAGAAUCUUAAAAGAUAGAGAAACGAACUCACUUUCAAAUGUCCAAGACUGACAGCUGACUUCUCAGCAGGAGCAAUGGAACCAGAAGACAACAAAGUGACAUUUCAAUUGCUGGAAGAAAACAGCACCAACCUAGACCUCUGUACCCUGCAAAUAUCCUUUAAAAAUGAAGCAAAUAAAGUAACCAUUAUGUAUGUUAUUGGCAAGAUGAUAGACCAAUAGAACAGUGGAACAGAAGAGAGAGGCCAAGAAUAAACCUUUACAUAGAUGGUCAAAUGAUUUUCUCAAAGGGCAUGACAGCAUUUGAAUGAAGUAAAAUCUCUGUAAUAAGUAUGUCUGGAAUGCAUGGAUAUGCAUAUAGAAGAAAAAACCCAUACCUCACAUCAUCCAGAAAAAUCAACUUGAGAUAAAUUAUAGACAUAAAAGUAAAGCUAAAGCAAUAAAGCUACCAGAGCAAAACAUAAGAUGUUCUCUUUAAGUUCUUGGUGUAGGCAGAGACUUCUUAGAAAACAUGAACUAUACAAGAAAAAAUAAUUGGUAAGUUGGACUUCAUUAAAAUUUCUCAGCUGGACAUGGUGGCUGACACCUCCAAUCCCAUCACCUUGGGAGGCCAAAACAGAAGGAUUACUUGAAGCCAGGAGUUCAAGACCAACCAGGGCAACAUAGCAAGACCCCAUCUCUACAAAAAAUUUAAAAAUUAGCCAGCAACGCCUGUAGUCCUAGCUACACAGGAGGCUGAGUUGGGAGGAUUGCUUGAGCCCAGGACUUUGAGGAUGUAAUGAGCUAUGAUUGUGCCACUGCACUCCAGCUUAAAAAAAAUAAAAUUUAUCUUCAACAGACACUUAAGAAAAUAGACACAGACUUAAAGAAAAUAUUCACAAUACGUAUAUAUGAUGGACUUGAGUUCAAAAUAUAUAAAGAACUACAAUUUAGUAAUUUUUAAAAAGACAACGCAAUUUUUUAAAGGUGAGUUUUGUGAAUAGACGUUUCACAAAACACAAUAUAUGUGUAGUAAUUACAUUUUAAAAGUACCCAAUGUAUUAGUCAUCUAGAAAUGAAAAACAAAACCCCAGUGAAAUACCAGUUCAUACCCUGUAGAAGGGCUAGACAGUGAAAAAGACUGAUAGUGACAAACGUUGGAGAGGAUGUGGAGCAACUGGAACCCUCAUAUGUUGCUAGUGGGAGUAGAAAAUAGUAUGAUUAUUUUGGAAAACAGUUUGUCAGUUUAUUAAAGAGUUACAUAUAUAUACAUGACCCAGUAAUUUUGCUGCUAGAAAUUUAUCAAAGAGACAUGAAAACAUAUGACCACAAAAUACUUGGAAAAAAAAUAUUUACAGCAGCUUUAUUCAUAAUAGCCAAUAAAACUGGUAACAGUGAGGUGCCCAUCAAUAGAAGAAUAGGUAAACAGUGGUCUAUUGAGACAGUGGAUACUGUUCAGCAAAAAAGAACCAACAUCCACAACAUUGACGAAUCUCAAUAUUAUUCUCACAAAAGAAGUUGGUAACAAAAAAAUGCAUAGUUAAGAUUCUAACUAUAUGAAAUUCUAGAAUAGGGGAAAAUAACAUAUAGGGAUAGAAAUCAGAUCAGUGAUUACUUCGUGGGGGAAGGUAUUGACUGGAAUACCACAAGAAAGAACUUUCUGGAGUGUUGGAUAUUUCUGUGUCUUUGUUACUUAAUUGUCAAAAGUGAAUGGUACACUUAGGAUCUGAGCAUUUGUUUAUGUAAGUUAUACCUCACUUUUUAAAAAUGAAAGUUAAAUAAAGAUUUUAGACCACUAAAAGCUGGAAGAUGCUUUUACCAACAGAUUGUACUAAAAAAUCAGUAAAGGGUUUUUUCAGGCAGAAGGAGAACUAUCCCACAUGGAGGCUCGGAAAUAUAGGAAAGAACAAAAAGCCACAGAAAGGGUAAAUGUUCGAGGAGACAGAGAAAUGAGGAUGGCUUUACAAAAUAUGGACGGUAACAUCUUCCAAAGUAAAAAUGUAUGACAACAAUAAUAAAACAAUAAAAGGCAGAUGGGAACUGAAGUAAAAAUGAAAUAUAAUUGAUAAUAAAACAAUAAAAGGCAGAAAGGAACUGUACUGAUCACGUUAGAUAGUCCUAGGACCAGUUAGACAUUUCACAUUCAUGCCGCUGCAGCAGCAUCAGAGGUAUACCUCCAGAGUGAGCCCUCACAUAGCUCGCACCUUAGUCCAGGGGCCAUUCUCUGCCCACCCGCAUUUUCUGCCAAGUGUCAGUUCAGAGAGAAGGGAACAAAUCAAUUUAUUAAUUGUGGGAACUACCCUAGUUUAGAUACCCUAAGUUCCAAUAAAGAAUCAAUAUCUUUUGUAAUAGCCCCAUGAGCAUAGAGUCCUGGAGAGGGACAUGGCUUGGCUAUAAGAACCGUGACACUCAGAAGCUCAAAGCUGUGGCUUUUCAUCAGGUAUUUGUAGUUUAUUUACAAUCAUCUCAGUCCAGAUAGGUUUACCAACCAGUGUUAUUUUUUACCAUAUGUUACCUGUAACAGAUAUUAGAUAUUUAGGGAAAUAAAGCUAGAAGUUUCAUCCAACAUUGUUUUCCAUUUUAGACUCACAGACUGACUUCCACGACCUUGAGUUAAAACUUUAGGGUAGAUAAGAAUUACCUGGAGGCCUUGUUAAAACACAAAUUUUGGUGCCCUAUGACUUACUUCCUAGCUCAGUAGCUUUAGGGUGAGGCUUGAGAAUUUACAUAUCGAAUAAGUUCCCAGGUGAUACGGGGUGAUACUGCUGACCUGAGGACCCGACGUUAAAACCAAUGCCGUAUUCAAUGGCAGUGAUAACAAAGUAAAAGUGCCCCUUUCCUGUUUACUGUUUGCAAAAGGGUCCCCAUGUUCUUUUAGCUUCAACCUUUAAAAUACUAGUCAUUAUUUAUUAUUUCUUCAAAAGCCCAUCUCUAAUUGUCUCCUUAGGGAGUUUUUGAGUUCACAUUGACAUUAAUUGUCACUAACUGUCAGCAGAUGGCAUUGACCAGACUCUAUUUUAGGAUUAAAUCCACCUGAUCCACCUGCACUAUCAGAACCUUCAGGACGUGACUCAGGCUGCAGCUCAGAGGGCUCCACCGGUGGCCCUAGACUUGCAUCAAGCUGCUGCCAUUGCCACUGCACCAGCUUGUAUGCCAGGUUACCACAUAGUCCUAUGUAACCAUGUGGGCUGCUGUAGAGUAAUUCCCCUACUUUUGUCCCCCACUUCCUCAGGUAGAGGCUCGUAGACAUUACAUUGGAUGAGCAGGCAGCUCAGCUUGGUCAGAGCCAGCCGGCUGCUCCACCCACUUUGUCCUAUCACAGACCCAGUCGCAGACAUAAAUUCUCAAGUUCAUGUGCCUGUCUCCUUCCCACCCCCAGCCAGUCAUCAAUGCCUAGUUUGGCCUAAUGCAUCAGCUGCACCAAGGCAAAAUCAUUUUUGCCAACCAGCCCAGCUGCAGUUUGGUUUCUGGUAAAGUCCAAUUUAUGGACAGCGGAGAGGAGUGGACAGCUUCUCUCAGCAUAAGUUUGUCUCCAGCUUUCAUCCCUUCCCACGGGGGAAGAUUUCGAAGCCAAAAGGUUAACAUGAGAUCAACUUCCCAUGAGUAUUCACGGAUAAAGUGCUAGGUUUUAGCAUUAUCAAGAAAGUAAUGAAAUUAAAGUAAUAAUAUGUAUUUUCAGUGUGUAAUAGGUUGAAGAUGCAAGUUGCAAUCUCUAGGCUAACCACUUAAGAGCAAAACAUGUAUAAUUAAAGGAAAAGGAGUAAUAAACAUUUGAUCAAUUUUUAAAAAGAGACAAAGGAGGACAAAAGCAAUGUGUGAAAUGGAAGGCAAAUAGUAAAAUGACAGAUAAACCUAAUAUAUCAGUAAGCAGAAUAAAUAUAAAAGGACUAAGUACUUCAGGUACUGGAGUACUGACAUUAUCAACUGGGUUUUCAAAUAUGAACCAAAUAUGAACCAAAUUAUGUGCUUUUUAAUAUAAAAUAUACAACAGUUAAAAUUAAAUUUUAAAAAGAUACAUCAGCCAGGCACAGUGGAUCAUGCCUGUAAUCCCAGCAUUUUGGGAGGCUAAGACAGGAGGAUUGCUUGAGACCAGGAGUUUGAGAAUAGCCUGAACAACAUAGAGAGGCCAUCUCUACUAAAAAAAGCAAACAAACCAACCUAGCCAAGCAUAGUAGCAUACCUACUCUGGAGGCUGAGGCAGGAGAAUCCUGAGCCUAGGAGUUUGAGGCUGCAGUGAGCUAUGAUUGUACCAUUUCCUUCCAGCCUGGGUGACAAAGUGAGACCCUGUUUCAGAAAAGAAAAAAGAUAUAUCAUGCAAAUACAAGUAAAAAGGAAGUUGGUGUAGUUAUACUAAUAUCAGAUAAUAUGGAAUUUAAGGUAAGAAGCAUUACUACAGUUAAAGACAGACAUUUCAUAAUGAUAAAAUGAUUACUCCACUAGGGAUAUAGAAAGUUGUAAAUUUAUAUGUAACUAAUAGCAUAGUUUUAAGUUCUAUAACAAAUAUUAAACAUAAAUCUGCAGUCUUAGUGGAAUUUUACAUACCUCUCAAUAGGUGAUAGAAUUAAGCAGACAAAAAAAUCAGUAAAAAUAUAAAUCAUCUUACUAAAAAACAAACUUGACCUAACUGAUAUUUCUGUAAUGUUGAUAUCAACUAUGACAAACUACUCAUUUUUAAAAAGCCACAUGGAACAUUUACCAUCUUGAUCAUAACCUGAGUCAUAAAUUAAGCCUCAGUUAAAUUUUAACACAUUUAAAUCAUUUACAGUAUGUGUUCUAACCAUAGUGGAAUUAAGCUAAAAAAAAAAAAAAAAAGAUCAGAAACAAAAGAAGAGAUAGUAAAUCUCCAGUCUGGGUGCAGUGGCUCAAGCUUGUAAUCCCAGCACUUUGGGAGGCCAAGACCUGCAGAUCACCUGAGGUCAGGAGAUCGAGACCAGCCUGGCCAACAUGAUGAAACCCCAUCUCUACUAAAAAUACAAAAAUUAACCAUGCGCAGUGGUGCGUGCCUGUAAUCCCAGCUACUUGGGAGGCUGAGGCAGGAGAAUUGCUUGAACCUGGGAAGCAGAGGUUGCAGUGAGCUGUGAUCACUCCACUGCACUCCAGCCUGAGCGACAGGGCGAGACUCCAUCUAAAAAAAAAAGAAAAAAGAAAAUCUUCACCUGUUUUGGUAACAUUAAGCACUACACCUCUAAAUAAUCCAUGGGUCAAUGAAAAAAGCACAAAGAGAAUUAGAAAAUAUUUUGAAAUGUAUGAUACAGUGUAAAAGAUAUGGUAUAUCAGCACAUGUGGGAUGCAGUUAAAGCAAUACUUGAGGGAAGUUUGUAUCCUAAAUGGAUAUAUUAGUUUAAAACAGAAAGGGGAGAGGAGAUGAAAGUCAGUGAUCUAUGCUUCUAUUUCAAAAAGCUAGAAAAAGAACAAAUCAAAACCACACUACAUUGAGAUAUUUUUCACCCAUCACACUGGCAAAAAUUCAGAAGUUUUAUAAGACUAAAACCUCUUAGACUGUGGGGAAACACACUGCCAUACAUUGCUAAUGAAAAUGUGAAAUGGGCCAGGCACAGUGGCUCACGCCUGUAAUCUUACCACUUUGGGAGGCCAAGGCAGGUGGAUCACUUGAGGUCAGGAGUUCUAAACCAGCCUGGCUAUCAUGGUGAAACCCCAUCUUCAUUAAAAAUAAAAAAAAUAAAAAUAAUUAGCUAGGCUUGGUGGCAGGCACCUGUAAUCCCAGCUACUUGAGAGGCUGAGGCAGGAGAAUCACUUGAACUGGGAGGCGGAGGUUUCAGUAAGCCAAGACUGCACCACUGCACUUCAGCCUGGGCAACAGAAUGAGACUCUGUCUCAAAAAAAAAAAAAAAAGAAAAGAAAGAAAUGGAUGACCUUUACAGGGAAGAAACUGACUGUAUGUAGCAAAAUUAUACAUUCAUUUACCCUUUUAGCCAGCAAUUCUACUUUUAGUAACUAUUCCCAAAAAUGCAUUGGCAAAAACAUUAAAACAAAAAUACUUUUGAAUGAGGCUGUUUAUUGUAACCUGAUUUGUAGCAAAUUGGAAACAACCCAAAUGCCCAGCAGUAGCGGAGUGAUUAAAUGAAAAGUUCCCCGUGGAUGUACAUUAUGUGUGAACAUCCACACAGUGGAGGCUUCCACACAGGGGAGGCUUCUGCAACUGUCAAAAAGAACAAGGACCAUUUCAAUGGAAUAAAAUCUCCAGGAUAUCAAGUGGAGGAGAAAAAGUGGAAAAAAAUAAUAUCUUAGGAUACUAUUUAUCUUUUUUUAAAAAUGGCAAGGGAAGAGUGGAUAUAUGUAGAGAAAAAGAUAUUUUAAAAUGGAAGACUAAAUCUUAAAAGUAUUUUUAAAUGGUUUUCCAUAGAGGAAAGAAAAUAGGGUGGAGAGGACAAGGAAUGAAGCUAGGUUCCUUGAAUCUACAUUAUUUUUUCAAUUUGACUUUGAAACCAAGUAAAUAUUUUGCACAAUUACACAAAAUUUUUAAUAAAGCAGUUUCUACUUAAAAUUAAAUGAGCCUAUGUAUUCAGUUGGUAGUAUAACCAUACCAAGGGGAAUUAUCAAGAGGAAUUAUUCCAAAUGACUUUAAAACACAAUUACAGUUGACCCUUGAACAGCAUGGAAGUUAGGGGUGCCAACUCCCUACACAGUUUAAAAUCCACAUAUAACUUUUGACUCCUCAAAAACUUAACUACUAAUAGCCCACUAUUGACUGGCAGCCUUAUGAUAACAUAAACAGUUGGUUAAUACAUAUUUUAUAUAUGUAUUUUAUAUUGUAUUCUUAUAAUCUAUAGAAAAGAAAAUGUUAAGAAAAUCAUAAGGAAGAGAAAAUAUAUUUACUGUUCAUUAAGUGGAAGUGGAUCAUCUUGAAGGUCUUCAUUCUCAGCAUCUUCAUGUUAAGUAGGCUGAGGAGUAGGAACGGAAGAAGAGGGGUUGGUCUUGCUGUUUCAGGGGUAUUAGAGGCACAAGAAAUGAAGGAGAUGGAAGGGGAGGCAGGAGAGGCAAGCACGCUUGGUCUAACUUUUAUUGAAAAAAAUCCGUGUGUAAGUGAACCUGCACUGUUCAAACCUGUGUUGUUCAAGGGUCAACUGUAUUUGACUAUACAUCCCUAAUGAGAUUUACCCUAAGAACCAAAGAAAACCUUGUACAGAUUGAUUAUCCUUUAUCCAAGAUGCUUGGGACCAGAAGUGCUUUGAAUUUCAGAUGGGUUUCUUUUUUUUUUUUUUUUUUUUUUUUUUAAGAGAGAUGAUUUAGGGUAUCUGGUGGAAGAAAUUUCUAAGCAGCAAAGCAUUCAAGAGGUGACUUGGGUGCUGUUAAAGGCAUUCAGUUUUAUAAGGAAAGCAGUCGCCCAGGCUAAAGGUGCAGUGGCGUGAUCACCACUCACUACAGCCUCAACCUCCCAGGUUAAAGCAAUCCUUCCACCUCAGCCUCCCAAGCAGCUGGGACUACAGGCAUGUGCCACCAUGCCCAGCUAAUUUUUAAAUUUUUUAAAUAGAGACAAGGUCUUCCCUGUGUUGCCCAGGCUCCUGGACUCAAGCAGUCCACCCACCUCCACCUCCAAAAGUGCUGGGAUUACAGAUGUGAGCCACCACACCUGGCCUCAAUUUCAGAUAUUUUUGGAUUUUUGAAUAUUUGCAUUAUUCUGCUUGAGCAUUCCAAAUCUGAAAGUCCAAAAUGUUCCAAUGAGCAUUUCAGUUAUCACGUUGGUGCUCAAAAAGUUUGGGAUUUUGGAGCAUAUCAAAUUUGGGAUUUUCAGAUUAGGUAUACUCAACCUGUACUAUUUUCAAUAAUGUUGUUAAUGAUAUUGAUAGUGUUCUUCUGAGGUUCUAAGUGUAUGUAUUGUGAAAUGAAUGAGUUCUUUUUUGGUGUUGAGAACUGGAAUUUUUGGUAGAGAUGAAAGGAGAUACAGAUGUGAGAAUGAUGAUGUUAACACCUGUGGUCCUGAAUUGGGAAUAUUGGUACAAAUUCUGAUGUGUUUUAUCAGUUUUAAAAUACAAAGUUCCUAGCUUUAUUUGCUGAAAAAACUAGAGGUAAUGACAGAUCCAGUACUAAUAAGCACCUUUAGUCUCUAGAUUGUGGACUUUAGCUUCCAUUUUAGUGGAAAGUGGUACCUAAAGGUCACAAUCUAGGUGAACCAGUUUUCCUUGGAGAAAUAGCUUCUACCAAGUAUUUGAACCAGUAUUCUUUGGAGAAAAAGCUUCUACCAAGUCUGGGAAAGCAAGGAAGCUCGCAAUGACAACAAAGGUUGUAUCAAAAGAAUUUGGAAUGAACUUGAAUAAGCUCCCAUUGGCCAAACAUAAGACAGUUUGAGCAACAGGAGGAUAAUAACUGCAAUGAAUGAAAUGCAUCACCUACAAUUAAACUACUGAAUUUGCAAUGAUAAUUGUGCCUUGGAGAAUGCAUGGUGUAUUCGAUCGUUUUCUUGCUGCUGAUAAAGACAUACCCGAAACUGGGAGCAAAAAGAGGUUUAAUUGGACUUUCCAUACAUCUUCUGAAAUCUAGGUGGAGGUUCCCAAACUUCAAUUCUUGACUUCUGUGCACCCACAGGCUCAACACCACAUGGAAGCUGCCAAGGCUUGGGGCUUCCACCCUCAGAAGCCACAGCCCAAGCUGUAUGUUGGCCCCUUUCAGCCAUGGCUGGAGCAGCUGGGACGGAAGGCACCAAGUCUCUAGGCUGCACACAGCACGGGGACCCUGGGCCCAACCCACAAACCACUUUUUCCUCCUGGGCCUCUGGGCCUGUGAUGGGAGGGGCUGCCGUGAAGUUCCCUGAUGUGGCCUGGAGACAUCUUCCCCAUGGUCUCAGGGAUUAACAUUAGACUCCUUGCUACUUAUGCAGAUUUCUGCAGCUGGCUUGAAUUUCUCCCCAGAAAAUGGGUUUUUCUUUUCUAUCGCAUAGUCAGGCUGCAAAUUUUCUAAACUUUUAUGUUCUGCUUCCGCUAUAAAACUGAAUGCCUUUAACAGCACCCAAGUCACCUCUUGAAUGCUUUGCUGCUUAGGAAUUUCUUCCACCAGAUACCCUAAAUCAUCUCUCUCAAGUUCAAAGUUCCACAAAUCUCUAGGACAGGGGCAAAAUGCCACCAGUCUCUUUGCUAAAACAUAACAAGAGUCACCUUUGCUCCAGUUCCCAACAAGUUCCUCAUCUGCAUCUGAGACCACCUCAGCCUGAAUUUUAUUGUCCAUAUUGCUAUCAGCAUUUUCGGCAAAGCUACUCCACAAGUCUCUAGGAAGUUCCAGACUUUCCCACAUUUUCCUGUCUUCUUCUGAGCCCUUCAAACUGUUCUAAUCUCUGCCUGUUACUCAGUUCCAAAGUCACUUCCACAUUUUCAGGUAUCUUUUCAGCAGUGCCCCACUCUGCUAGUACCAAUUUACUGUAUUAGCUUGUUUUCAUGCUACUGAUGAAGACAUACCGGAAACCGGGAACAAAAAGGUUUAAUUGGUCUUACAGUUCCACAUGGCUGGGGAGGCCUCAGAAUCAUGGCAGGAGACAAAAGACACUUCUUACAUGGUGGUGGCAAGAGAAAAAUGAGGAAGAAGCAAAAGCAGAAACCCCUGAUAAACCCAUCAGAUCUCAUGAGACUUAUUCACUAUCACGAGAAUAGCAUGGGAAAGACCGGCCCCCAUGAUUCAAUUACUUCCUCCUGGGUCCUUCCCACAACACGUGGGAAUUCUGGGAAAUACAAUUCGAGAUGUGGGUGGGGACACAGCCAAACCAUAUCACAUGGGAAUAGUUUUUUUUCAAUGUAGAUAUAAUUAAAAGUAAAAAGCGCAUGUCCUUCCUUUUCUAAAUUAAUUUUUUUUGGGGGAUAAGCAAUUGAUGAGGGAAAGUCUCUCUAGGAAUAUUACGAUUAAUAAACUGAAAGUGAUAACAUUAGAAUAUUACAGUUUUAUAGCCCUCAAUGAAUAUCAGCAGUGAUCAUCACUUGCUGCUAACAUCUCAGAGACACCCAGACAGUAUGUGUGUAUCAUUAGAAGUACACACCUAUAAAGUAGUUUUGUCCCACUCUUCCCCCAAAAGUUAAAUCUAAACCAGUCACUUCUCUAAUUACAAUUUAUGAGAAAUAACAGGGAACAAAGGAGCAUGUUAAAUGAUACCAUGAGGAUGCAAUAGCAGAGUCUAAUGCUGGAAACCAACAGGACAGAUAACCCUAUUUCUUCUACAAAAAUAAAUUUGUAAAGAAAAAAACUAAUGAAGAUGGACUCCAGAGAUCACAACAGAUUUAAGGAGAAAGCAGCCAAUUACAAUGUAUGGCGCUCAUUUAGAUUGUGAUUCAAACUGUAAAAGCAAAAUGAAACUUCUGUAAGACACUUGGGGGACAUAGGAACAACCAACUGAAUACUUGAUGAUAUUAAAGAAUCAUUUUCACUUCUUUAGCCAUAAUGUACAUAAGCUUAUGUUCUAAACAUGAGUUUUUAUCUUUUAGAGGCACACACUAAAGAAUUUACCCAUGAAAUUGUAUGAAAUCUGGAAUUUGCUUCACAUUAACAUGGAUGAGGGUAUAGAUGAAACAACAUGGCCAUGAGUUGAUAAGUGUUGAAGCUGAAUGAUGAGCACAUGAGGGUUCAUUAUAUUGUUUUAUUUAUUUAUUUAUGUAAUUUAAAGUGACAGGGUCUCCAUCUGUCACCCAGGCGAGAGUGCAGUGACACAGUCUUAGCUCGCUGCAGCCUCAAACUCCUGUGCUCAAGUGAUUCUCCUGCCCCAUCCCCCAACCCCCCAAGUAGUUAGGACAACAGGCACAGACCAUGCCAAGCUAAUUUUUAAAUUUUUUUCAUAAAAAUGUAGUCUCGCUAUGUUGCCCAGACUAGUCUCAAACUCCUGGCCUCAAACAAUCCUCCCACCUUGGCUUCCCAAAUUACUGAGAUAACAAGGUGUGAGCCACUGCACCCAGCCAGGAGUGCAACUUUUAAAAGAGUAGUUCCAGGCCGGGCGUGGUGGCUUAUGCCUGUAUUCCCAGCGCUUUGGGAGGCUGAAGCAGGUGGAUCACCAAGUCAGGAGUUCGAGACUAGCCUGGUCAACAUGGUGAAACCCUGUCUCUACUAAGAAUACAAAAAAUUAGCAAGGUGGGAUGGCUCACGCCUGUAAUCCCAGCUACUCUGGAGGCUGAGGCAGGAGAAUAGCUUGAACCCGGGAGGCAGACGUUGCAGUGAGCCAAGAUUAUGCCACUGCACUCCAGCCUGGGUGACAGAGUGAGACUCCAUCUCAAAAAAAAAAAAUAGUUCCUUUAUUUUUGUAUAUACUUGAAAUUUUUCAUUAUAAAACAUUUAAAUGAUGUGAUUACAAAGAUGAGAAAACAAGUAGCAUCAGAAAUGAGUAGGUAAAUUUAAAAAGCAAAUUAGCACAUCUUAAACUAAAAUAAAUUGUGUAAGUCAGAUAUUCAGUUGAUGGGUUACAUGAAUUAGACAUAAUUAAAUAGUGAAUUGCAAGCUUUGUAAAAAAUUUACCUGAAAUAUUAUAGAGACAAGGAGACAAAUGAAUCAACAGACUUAGGAAGUACCAUGUAUUCCAAGCUGGAAAAAUAAAAAGAAAUCCAUACCUACAUACAUUAUAGUAGAACUACAAAAUAGCAAAGGUAAAGGUAUCUUAAAGCAUCCAUUUCAGUCAGGGUACUGUCAGGAAAACAGAAAUAACACUAGGUAUUUCAGAAAAGCAAAUUUGAUUUAGGGAAUUGAUGAUGUUGUAGAGGGCUGAAAGAGAAAAAGGAAACAAGGAAGUAAACUAAAGAUAACUGUAGGGAACAGCUCCCACCUCUAGGUGUGGAAAAGGGCAGCAAGUGAUUAGGGUUUUCAGAAUUUAGAAGUUUACAGGAGAAACUCUGAGGAGCUGGAGCUCUUGCUUCCACAGAGAGGGACAGCCUUGCGGCAGAAGGGUGCAGUGAGCCUGGGUCUGGGAGUGCUUAAAGAACCUGGAGACUAGAGUGCUGUUGCUGGAAUAACACUGACAGGAGCAGCAUGCAAAUAGGAAGAAAGAAGUCCCUUCUCCCUCUUGCCUUCCAGUCUUCUAGUGCACAUGUUUGCUGAACCUAACAAGAAGCCUGUUAACAAAGGAGAAAUGUGGUUUGCAGAGUGCCAGCAGUUAUCGCAAAGCAGAUUUGGACCUGAAAGACAAUAGCUCAAUAAGUAUCACAGUAGCCAUGUAUUCAUUCACUCAUUCAUUUAUUCAUUCAUUCAACAAAUGGUUAGUAGAAGCUUACUAUAUGCCAUUUACUUUUUAAAUGGUUGGGAUAAAUCGGUGAAAAACAACUCAAAAGAUCUCUGCCCUCAUGGAGACAGAAAGAAAGGACGGAUCACCUAAAAGGAAUGAUGGCUAAAAUGACAACCUAUUUAAUAGCCACUAUUAAGGCCAGAUGACAAUUGUGAAAGGAUACCAGACCCCCUAGAAUUGUGUGACCUACAAUGAAGGAAGAAUAAAGAUAUUUAAAGAUAAGCAAAGAGCUAGAAAAAUUUACUACCAAGAGUGCCGUUCUAAAGAAAAAUUUUUAUAUGAUGGCUGCAGAAGAAUUAUCUGAGACCCAAGAAGAUUUGCUAAGCAAAUAAAAUGACAAAACAAAAUGCUAAGCAAAUAAGAUACAAACCCAAACAUUGUGGAAAAUAAUAAUUUGUGAGAUUUUAAAAGAAAUGACUGAAAUACUGUACAAAGUAGAACGUAUAUUUAAGAGUGGGAUGAUCAGAUCUUAGGUUUUCAAAAGCCCUUUUAUUAUGCAGGAGAAGAGAGUUAUAAUACAUUGUUUAGACUUUGUUAAAUUUUUACAGUAAAAUUUAAGGGUAUCAUUAAAAGAAUACACAAAUCUAAAACCUGUGAGGAUAAAAUAAUGAAGUAAGAAGAGGAUGAGCCAAAAAAAAAAAUCAAUACAAGAAGAUGCAAAAAAAAAAAAAGCAUUCAAGAAUCUGGACAAAUAUAAAAUGAUCUAUAAUAUAGCAGUGACAAUAAUGUGAAAUCAGAAAACUUUUAAAGGAACUGCAUAUUUUUAUGACUACAUCUAAAACAAAAAAGUUGGAAAAGAAAUACCAGGUACAAACUAAUAAAAAGGAGGUAGGCAUAGUUAUAUUAAUUACCUGAAAAACAUAUAUUUCAAAACAAUAAUUAUUAGGAGUAGAGAGAAUGACUACAUAAUGAUAAAACAUUUAAUUCACCAGAAAGAUAUACCAGUUCUAAACUUAUACAUAUUCAGUAAAAUACCCUCAAAAUAUGUAAAGCAAACAAAAGAAAGAUAGAUCUACAGUUAGAAAUUGCAAAUCUGUUAACAUAAACACUCUUCUCCAUUAUGCAUAAGUCAGUCAGUUUGUACCUGUGUUUAUGUUCAUGAGGGAUAUUGGUCUGUGGUUUUUUUAUUAUGUUUUUUGUGAAGUUUUGGUAUCAGGAUAAUAAUGACCUUGUUUAAUGAGUUGGGUGUGUUUCCUUCACUUUAGUUUUCUGAAAAAGUCUGUAGAGAAUUCCUUAAUAUUUGAUAGAAUUUGCCAGUGAAGCCAUCUGGUCCUAGAGUUCUCUUUGUGGGAGGUUUUUAAUUAUAGCUCUAAUAUCUUUAAUAGAUCUAGGGCUAUUCAAAUUAUCUCUUUCUUCUCUGGUGAUCUUUGGUAAUUGUGUCUUUCAAGGGAUUUGUUUAUUUCAUCUAAAUUGUUUAUUGGCAGAAAGUUCUUCAUAUUAUUUUCUCAUCAUCCUUUUACUAUCUGUAGGAUCUGUAGUAAUGGACCCUCUCUUAAUCCUGAUAUUGGUACUUUGUAUCUUAUCUCUUUUUUUCUGAUCAGACUCGCUAGAAGUUUAUGAAUUUUAUUGAUUUUUUUUUUGUUGUUGGGGAAUGGGGGGACAGAGUCUCACUCUGUCGCCCAGGCUGGAGUGCAGUGGUGUGAUCUCAGCUCAGUGCAGCCUCUGCCUCCUGGGUUCAAGUGAUUCUCGUGCCUCAGCCUUCUGAGUAGCUGGGGUUACAGGCUUGCACCACCAUGCCUGGCUAAUUUUUUGUAUUUUUAGUAGAGAUGAGGUUUCACCAUAUUGCCCAGGUCAGUCUCAAACUCCUGAGCUCCAGUGAUCCACCCACCUCGGCCUCCCAAAGUGCUGGGAUUACAGCCACCAUGCUUGGCCAGUUUUAUUGAUCUUAAAUAAUCAGUUUGAGGAUCCACUGAAUUUUCACCAUCUUUUUGUUUUCUCUUUCAUUUAUGUCUGCUCUUAUCUUUGUAAUUUCCUUGUCUUCCGCUUGCUUAGGAUUUAAUUUGCUUUUCAUUUUUUAGGUUUUUAAUAGUUUUUUUUUUAGGCUUUUAAUGUAAGCUUGUAUUAUUGACUUGAUCCCUGUCUUCUUUUCUAAUGUAGAUGUUCAAUGCUAAAAGUUUCCUGUAAAUUUAUGACAAAUUUAAUUUGUCAUAUUUUCAUUUUCAUUCAAUUGAAAGUACUUUAUAAUUUUCCUUCUAAUUUUUUUGACCCGUGAGUUAUUUAGGAGUAUGAUAUUUAGUUUCCAACUAUUUGGGUGUUUUCUAGAUAUCUUUCUUUAAUUGAUAGCUGGUUUAAUUCCAUUGUAGUAAGUGAACAUACUUUGUAUGAUUUGAAUUCUUUUCAGCUUAUUCAAGCUUGUUUUAUGGGCCAGAAUGUGGCCUACCUUGGUUAAUGCUUCAUGUGCAAUAGAAAGGAAUAUUGUCUUCUGCUUUUGUUAGGUAGAGCAUUUUAGAAAUAUCAGUUUGGUUAAGUUCCUGAUAGUAUUGUUUAUAUUUUCUUUACUGAUUUUUUUGGUCUUCUAUAAGUUAUUGAGAGGCUAAUUCAACUAUAUUAAUAAUUAUGAAUUUGCUUAUAUCUUAUUUU